CCGAGUGGCCCAUCAUUAAGCUUCUGCAGCAUCCCCCGAGCAGGUCGUCGUCGUUAAUAGAGUUUUGGAGUUUCCAGUGUUUCUCCCGUAAUUAAAAUGGAAAUUAUUUCGAGAGCCCUUGUUCUGCUAGCGCUGUUUGCAGUACUUCUAGUCGUUCAAACUGAUUCUGCCCCGGCCCGGCCAGCUGAAGAUGACUCGGUGCAGUACAGCCGCCAGGAGCUAGUUCAACUCUUCCAGGAGGACGCCAAGUGGGCCUCGUCCUCGAGCAAUAGCCGGGGCCGCAGUUCGGAGGAGUUGAAGCAAAAUCUGCGCACCGUCAUGAAGGCGCUCAACAUCCAACCGGUACCGCGUACCACCGUCAACCCGCUGUUGUACGUCCCGAUGCCUCACCAGCCGAUCUACGACGUUGACGGUAAUCGGUUGAACUGAGUUUGAAGUAAAAAAUGUGAAAAUUGUGAAAUAAAGUUAAUCGUUGUGAAAUU